UCAACAAGUUCGGAACCUAAGAGAUUCGUAUUCCACGAGACAUACCACAAGAUGGCGCUCGUUUUUUUGCCUCAAGGAAUGCCUUUCCUAAUUUCGACGGCACCCUGCCAAUGUUUAAAAUUCCGUUAAAGUCUGCUGGUAGAUUGCAAUAUCGUAGGCUAUUUCCGGACGACGGAGAGAGGAUAUUGAAAUGCUGGGUAGAUGAAAUGCCUCGAGACUUUCCAUAUAUUAUGGCCGAAUUUUCCUAAAAUUCACGGAGAACCGUCAGCACAUUCCUGUGGAAUUCGAUAAAACUAUGAUUGAUCGCGGGUUUCUCAUGCUUAAGGGUAUGAUCUGGCAACUUUUCGGGGCUGUAGGAACGGACGAAGCGGUUCAGAGACUAAUAUUUGAAUUACCAACCCAGAGGCUCGUCCGAGGCGAAAUGGUUUCCAGGGACAUACGGUGGCCCUCAAAUAUGGUGCCGGCCCGUAAGAUUCGAUUCGAUUCGAAAUGGACACGCAUUGCGAUGAGAAAUGCUGUCCGGCGAGACAUUUGCAAGAGAAGGGCCAAAUUCCAUGAAUUUGCCAUCAAUUUCACAGGGUUUUCACAACGAAAACGUGUCUACACCCUAGAAACAAUCUAUCGUACCUUCCAAAAGGGAGAAGGUAUCAUGAAUGCAUGGCAGGAUGGAAUGGUAACGACAAGGGCAAUCGAAGCCCAAAUCAUACCGAUUGUCCUAGAUUGUGAGAACCCGUCCAACACACAUGGACAUGUAUGUUCUGGAUGCUAUAUGGUGUGGAAUUGCCUCGAUUUUGCCCAUACCUUUAGAAAUCGCCUCGAAGAUCGAUUUUGCCCGCGUUGCAUAACCAAAGCCUCUUCGAAACAUGAAGAUGUCGAAACGAUAUUACAUGAUUUCAAGACAAAUGCAAAGCGAUAUUCACUACAAACGAAGGAACUAACACCCUCCGAUCUAAGAGUCACUCAGUAUUCGAUACUAACAGAAAAUAUGUCAUCGUCAAAUAUCAAGGCUCUGAAAUGCUUCAUUUGCCGCCUUGGGGCAAACAUAGCGAGAGAAAAAAAGCAAUUUCCUCGUCUGAGAGACUUGUUCUCAUCACGAUUUGAUUCAUUUAUCAAAUUUAUUCCAGCAUUUGUUGGAGAUGGUUGGCAAGACGCCUACGUCCCAGUUCGUCGACUAAUAAACCCAAAUCCAUUGACAGAACUGUCAAAGUAUCCACUUCAGGCACUCCCAGAUGCUAUUUUCCCGGUAAUUGCUAUCAAUGGCAAUACGAUUUUACAUGGCGUUGAAAAUGUCGCUCCAACAGCCAUGUACAUCAAUUUUAUGAAGCAUACAUAUCUACCCGGCGUAUUGGGGCUGGUAUCAGAGAUCCAGCCCAUGCGAUUAAUGAAAAGAGAUAGCCAACAGUGGAUUGAAAUGAUCCGCCGAUUCGACCACCAGUUUGCUCUAAGGAGACAAAUAUCCCAUAUGCGAAAGGACCGCAUUGGUUUGGUAAUGUCUGAAACAGAGUACCAUGGUCUUGUGCAAGGGUGGAUCUCGGUGUCUAUCUAAGAGUGUACUGUAGCCAGUAAACUAUCUUAAUGCUCGCGACAAACCUCGCGAAGGCACUGCUGUGGACAUAAAAU